AUGGUUAUCAAAUCAAAGCCAAUUAAAAAAUUUGCAUUAAAAAAAAAAACUGAAACCACAUCACCAACUGAAGAAAUUGUAAAUAAUAAUAAUAAUAAUAAUAAUAAUAAUGAUAAUGAAAAUAAUGAAGAUUUAAAAGAAACUAUAUCACCAAUAGUAACAAAAUCAAUUUUAAAAAAGAAAAAAAUUGAAAAAGUUGAAAAAAAGAAAGUUAUAAUACAGACUGAAAAAAAUCAAACUCAAUUAUUCAAUAAAACUUUAAAAAUUUCUGACAAACCAUUAAUUAUUAAAUCAAUAAAAAAAGAUCCAAAACCAACACCACCUUUAUCUAAAAAACAAAAAGAAGAAGAAAAAUUACAACAAGAAAUUAUAGAACCAGUAGUUGAAGAACUAAUUAAAUCUUCAAAGAAAUUAUCUGUAACUAAAAAAGAAAAACAAACUACACCAACUCCAACACCAACACCAACACCAAUACCAAUACCAACACCAACAACAACAGAUAAAAAGAAUAAAAAAACCAAUAAAAUUGAAAAACCAAUUAUUGAAGAGGAACCAAUCAUUCAAAAAGAAGAAGAACCAAUUGUUGAAGAAGAACAAAAACCAAAAAUUGUAAAAGAAAAAAAGAAUAAUAAUAAUAAUAAUAAUAAUAAAAAGAAACAAGUUGUUGAAUCAGAUUCAUCAUCAUCAGAUGAUUCGUCAUCAGAUGAAGAAAUAAGUCCAAUUAAAAAGAAAGAAAAGAAAAUAGAAAAUACAAUUAGUGGAUUUACAAUUUUACCAGUACAAAUUGAAAAUUCAACAUUUAAAAAAUAUAUAUAUAUUAAAAAAGAAACUAAUAAGAAAUGGCCACAAAAUAAAACUUUAUUUGUUACAAAUUUGCCAACUCAUUGUCAAAGUUUAGAAGAUGUUAAAAAAUUAUUUAAAUAUGAUUUCAUUGAAUCUGUUCAUUUCGGUCAACCAAAUCUUAAAAAUAAUGAUACUCAACAACAAACUGAUGAUUCAUCACCAGAACAAAUCGAUGAAUCUACAAAACAUGUUGCUCAUAUCGUAAUGAAUGAUCAAGAUUCUUUAAAAUUAUUCUUAAAGAAAUCACAUUCUUUAUCAAUUCAACAACCAUCUUUACCAUUAAAUGGUUUUAAUUAUUUAUUAAAUCAAUAUAAUUCAAAGAUUAUUGUAGAUUAUGAUGAAUUACAAACUAAAUUAGAUAAUAUUAUGAUUGAUUAUGAUAAGAGAGUAUUGGAAAGUAAGAAGAGAUCAAAAUUAAGAAAUGUACCAGAUGAAGAAGGUUUCAUUACAGUUGGACCAUCAAGUGCUAAAGUAAUGACAGCUGAAGAAGUUAAAGCUUUAAUGGAAAAGAAAGAAAAGAAGAAUUUCUAUGCCUUCCAACAUAGACAAACUAAAAAGGAUGAAUUAGAUGUUUUAAGACAAAAAUUCGAAGAAGAUAAACAAAGAAUUUCUAAAGUUACUGCUGCAAGAAAAUUCAAACCAUAUUAA